CAGUGCAGAUUAAGUUCUACACCUGCAGCCAGCUCUUGCUCGGGUCAGCAGCCUGCCAGGGACUCAGACACACUUGGGAAAGUCAACCGCACACGGAUGUUGGAACCAUGAUGAAGCCUCUGCUGAUCCCCUUGACAUACUUCUGUCUUCAAACCUGGCUGGAAAUCCCUCAGGCAAAAUGCCAGGUGGAGCUUGUUAGAAAAACAGGAAGACCCAGAGGUAGAUAGAGUAAACGGGCUUCUUUUUGGCAGAACUUGUUCCCUUUGACCAAGUUGUUGAAUCUGAGCAUGAUGCCAGAUGCUUUUGAUGACCAAUAUCUAGGAUGUGCUGAAAAAAUGUAUACACGUGCACAUGAUCUGCUACAGACGGAAAUUAGAAUAUCCUCAUCAUUUAGCAGAGUGUGGAAAAAUGCAGCCAAAAAAUGGACAGAUGUGAAAAAGUAUUCUCGCCGCAGCGACAUUAAGGAUGAGUAUGGAAUAGCCAUAGUAGCCUACACAGACAAACCCGAAGACAACCGUGAUGCUUUUUCAACUACAUUUAAUAAGGCAGUGAGAGAGACUGGGACAUCUCUACAUGACUACAUGGUCAAUUUCCAGUUCAAAGCCUUUCAUUAUUAUUUGACAAGAGCUUUGCAGGUCUUAAGAAAUGGGUGUAAUGUGAUGUAUAACAUGAUGCUGUACCGGGGCACUAAAUCUCAGUACAUGGGAUCGGGUCUCGUCAGGUUUGGAUACUUUAGCUCUUCAUCUAUUCGGAAAGAUGUGGCUGAAAGUUUUGGCAAGACCACGUUCUUCACCAUCCACUCAUGCUUUGGUGUUGAGAUCAGGAACUUAUCACAGCAUCCUUACCAAGAAGAAGUAUUAAUUCCAGUCCAUGAAAUAUUCAAUGUGGCCCAAGGACAAGGGAAUAACCACUUUAUCCUCCGGAGCACAAACCGGACCUGCAGCCAUUUUAACUGCGCGUACCUGGGUGGAGAGAAGAAAGAAACGUAUGUUUACAACUCUGGUAAGAGAUUUUUUUUUCCCCAUUCUUUUGUGAAUGACUCGCCCUCUGUUUUAAAGUGCAGAGCUGAGAGCAACCCCACCAGGCAAACAUGUCACAUGAAACCAGUUGAGAAAUAAGUGGGGUUAACUGUACAUUCUGUCUAUUUAUCCAGGUUCUCUUAGGGACCUUAGGACUAAUAUCUGAGUACCUUCCCCUCUGACUCAAUUCCAGGCGCAGUUGAUUUCAGAAAAGAAAAUUUAAGGCGAAUAACCCCUUAGAGCACUAAAGGUUCAUCUUCAGUGUUCUGAACUAUAAGCUGAAACACGUCCCCUAACCCAGCACCACAAGUGUGUCUCCAUCUCCCUCCUCUCAUAACUGACCCAUUCUAGCCCCAGUGGAACUACAUCCUCUCAAAGGACUAAACAGGACUAUUUUACCAGAGCAGGUCGGAAAAAUCGCAACAAAACAUUUUCUCAUUGGAAUAUGACGAUCUGUCAAACUCUAAACCUUUUGCAGAGGUAGUUUGAUUUCCAUCCUGUUCUGUCAGAACGCUGCCUGGGUUCCAGCCAGCUCACCCACCUGGCUCCUUGGCAGCUUGGCUGGCAGGCUGCCGAAGAGUCAUAGAUCCCAGGACUUCCAGUUCCCCUGACCCUGGGACAGCCUACUUGGUGAACUGCCCCAGAGCCAACACUCUAGUCCCUGGUGUGGAGAAUUUCAAAAUUUGGGUGUUUUUUUUUAUUCCACAUCAGAACAAAACCAAAUUUUGAAAUAUCAAAAUCCUCCACAAAAUGGAAUGACCCUUCUCUGCCCUGCUCCACAUUUUACCCCUAAGCCAAUAAAAAAAACAAACAAACAGUGAGGUGAAUGUCCCAGGCUGGAGUGUCCUGCUGAGGGGAAAUGGAUUAAUGAGUCUCUGCAAUAAGCAGGUUCCAGUAGCUAUUGGGAAGGAAACAAGUAUCCAGCUUUAAGGAUCUCUGUCAGUGUGAAGUAAUUUCCUAUCAAUUGUUUGAUCUGCUUU